AUGGCAACAAAAAGCCAACAAAACGCCCAAAACUGCCGCGACUUCACUAAAACCCUUCACAAAACCCCCUACCCAGCCCUCCUAAACCCACCAGACAACCUUCCAAAAGAAUACACAAUCUGCAUCCUAGGCGGUCAUGGCGCAGCUGGAACAGGUCUAGCAAAAGCCUACACGCAAGCCGGCGCAACAGGAAUAAUACUCGCAUCGCGAACACUCUCCGCCCUAGAAGAAACAGCCAUCCAACUCCGAACCAUUAACCCAAACAUCAAGAUCGUCAUUGUGGAAUGUGAUAUCUCAUCCAAUUCAGCUGUACAACAAAUGGCUCACACCGCUGCACGCGAGUUCAAUUCACGUCUCGAUGUCGUUAUCGUUAAUGCUGGAUUCUCUGGGCCGAUGGGGACUGAUAUAGUGGCUGAAAAACCGGAGUGGUUUGAAUCUGCGCUGGGGGUUAAUACCCUCGGGACAUUUUACGCGGCGCAUUAUUUGAUUCCUAUGCUGUUGAGGGAGGGGACUGGGACUGGGGAUGAUAUUGGGAGUUGUGGUGGUGGCAGUUUCAUUGCUAUUUCUUCAAUGGCUGCACCGACUGUUUCUGGCUUUGGGGCUCAUGCGCAUUAUUGUGUUAGUAAAGCUGCUCAGGCUAGACUUGUUGAGAUGGUUUAUGAGCAGUAUGCUGGUCGGGGGUUGUUUUGUGCUAGUGUUCAUCCUGGGGGGUUGAGGAGUGAGUUUUCGAAGGGGAUGCCUGAGGAGUUUGUGCAUUUAUUGAGUGAUAGCCCCGAUUUGGUGGGUGCAUUUUGUGUUUGGCUUACUAGAUCUGGAAAGCAGAAGGAGGCUUUGAAUGGUCGUUUUCUUUCUUGUAAAUGGGAUGUCAAGGAGCUUGAGGAGAGGUUCGAUGAGAUUCUUGAGAUGGAUUUGUUGAGGUUUAGAAUUGCUAUGAUUUGA